UUGGCUGUAUCUCAUGCAUAUAUGUCUUUCGUAUUUUGAUUAUACUAACUUUUUUGUACAAAAGUCUCAAACUUCUCUUUGGUGGCUAUGAUUAAUAUAGAUGAUCCUGAAUACGCCUGCCAAAGAAAUUUUCAAAAACAAUAAAACUAAUUGUACACAAAAUCAUACAAAAGAUGAGAUCAUACAAGAAGAGGACCUCUCUUCAGAAGGAGCUGCAGCCAGAAGGAUAAAUAGCGUAUGCGCUCGGGCAGCUUCUACAAUGAUCUCAACAAAUUUCAAAUUUAACUUUAACGAUCCUCACCUCGACGAUCCAAACAUAUCAAUUCAAAGCGUGCGUAGUGUGACAUUUGAACAAUGGUGUAAAAAGAAAGAAAUCAUGCAGAGACUUAAGGAUAAGCUAAUCCAGGACGAAAAGAUGAAAAUCUUAGAACAGAAGAAAAUGAAAAAUGAUUUCAAUGAAACCAAGCAGUUCAAUAACUGGAAAUGAUUUAAGGAAUGGUGCAAAACCAAAGACCGUCAGGCCAGGACCAAAAAGAAGAAACAAAAGAAGCAAAAACUCGAAAAGAAGCUAUUCAAACUCCAAAAACAAGAAAACGCCUCUAGAGGCUUCAGAGAAUGGCUAAAAGAGAGCCUCAAAGAGUCCAAACGAGCCCAGCAUACAAAAAAGAGAAAGAAGCCUAAAAAGAGCACUGAAGAGGAAGAAGCUCAGAAAUAAAAUCCAAAACUCAAUCUGUUACAAAGAGUGGAAGAUGAAGAAGAUAAGGGAGGAACGGAAGGAAAAACGUGAGAAGAAAAUUAAGAGCCAGCAUGACAAGGAACAACUUAUGUUCCUGAAACAGCAGAGGAGGCUUAUUAAUAGAGCAGGGGAUGUGAUGUUGGCAUAUAGUUUGAAUAAGAGUAUUAGAGAUCUGGAGAAUAUACGGAGGAGACCAAAGUCAGCCAGGAAUGGGCUGAGGAGAUAAAUGGGGGUUUUAAGUAUA